AUGCUCCGGCGCGGUCGUCUAAAGAAGUUCUUCUGGAAGGAAGACCAUUCUUUCGGAUACAUCCAGUGCGCCGAGGAGGAAGAUGAUAUCUACUUCUACGCCGUCGAGCUGGUAAAUGACAUUGGGUUGGUGGGCUCGUGGAACAAGAAGUUUGAACAACUGCAUGAUCUGGUGGGUGCUCAUGCUUUCGUCGAGGUCUCUGUUGUGCAAACUUCCCGAGGCGUCAAGGCUGUCCGUCCCAUGCGCCUCUUGCCCGAUGAGUUUGAAGGCAAGGAAGAGCUUGUGGCCCAGUUGGAUGAGCAGCUGCUGGCAAGAUCGCAGGCUCAUCUCGGUGCCCGACGGGCAGAAGCUGAUGAGGAGGAAGGAGAGGAGGAGGAGCAGGAGGAAUGUGAGGAGGAAGAAGGCUUCGAUGCUUGGGACCCUGAAAUCCAUGAUUGGCCGACUCCCGAGGGAGCCUAUGUCCGCGAAUUGCAAAACGAGAUCUCGCGCCUUCUUCGAGAGAGAGCCAGCAUGAAGAAGCCGGCCCGUGAUGUAUCGCUGACCAAUGUGCAAGCCUUCGUGAGGUGGCUGAGUUGGCAGGAUUGGGACCCGAGUCGUGCUUGGAAGGGUUUGAGUUCCGGCACAUGGCCGGAAAAGGCCAAAGACCAUUUCGGGGAAACACGCCAGGUCUUCCUUGGCAAAGCCAAAGCGUUCGUGCAGGGAACCCCAGAUGUGGACAUGAACAAGGGCAUUCUGACAAAGGACUUCUUCUGCGAUUGGUGCAAGAAGCCGCGGAUUGUUGGAAAGGACUACUACGAGGAUCAGUUGUGGUACUGCAAGUCGUGCUUUUUGUCUUGGCGUGGCAUUGGCCCUCGAGGUAUGUCUGACAGAGGCCGCUUGAACAAGUCCAAGAAAGGCAAGGGAGGACAGGCCAAAAAGAAAGGCAAGAAGGCCAAGGCCCGAUAG